AUGGUAUUGGAGCUUGGAAUUCCCACGGUGGCGAAUUUGCCGCUUGAACAGCCAUUAUUUUGUACAGGCGAUGACUCAAUCUACAAUGUUGCGAAACUAAUGACUAGUAAAAGAAAGUACUGUGUUCUAGUCACCAGUGGUGAGCAUUUGGAAGGUAUUAUCACUACCAAAGAUCUAGCUUUCAAGGAAGGUUUGGUUGCUCGGGACGUAUUAUCGACAACUCCGGUUCUUACGCCCUCAUCAAUGCCGGUUACCAGCGCUCUCCUAAUAAUGGUCGAACAGAAAAUUAGACAUCUACCCAUAAUUGACCCUAAUUCUAAGCAGAUCGUUGGGAUCUUAGACAUUACGAAAUGUUUCCACCAAGCAAUGCGUAGGUUAGAAAUCAUGGCGCAAGACAGUGUGAAAUUGAACAAUGCCAUUCAAGAUGUUAUCGAGAAUGAAGCAACCAUGACGAGACAUAAAUUGUUGCAAGACAUAGCAACUUUGAUAGAAUCCAUGGAGACGCCUGUCUUAGAGUCUAUUUUGGACUCUGAUGUGUACAACACAACUCCGCUAUUUGCUAGUCCUACGACCACUGUCUCAAAAGCAAUGAGCAUGAUGUCUGAGAAUAAAAGUACUGCUAUUUUAAUACAUGAUUCUUCGACCAAAUCUGACAUCAGAAAUAACAAUGACUGCAAUAUAAUAGGCAUCUUCACUAGUAAAGAUUUCGUUUGUCGAGUAUUAGGUCAAGGAAAUUCCGUCGAUCCAGAGUCAUGCACCUUGGCUAGAGUAAUGACAACGAGGCCAAACUUUGCCUUCCAAAGUCUAGGUAUACAUUCAGCUCUUCGAAUGAUGUACGAGGGUCAUUUUUUGAAUUUACCUGUUAUUGAUGACACAGGAAAUAUUCUAGGUUUGAUCAGUGUCCUUCAAUUAACACAUGCUGCGCUCCGUUGUCAAUUUGCUACAACCUCAAAAAACGUUUCGUCACAGUCUGCUAUUGAAGAACCUUAUUUGAAGAUAAAUUCGGUUGACUCUCCCUUGGGUUCUUUGCUUGUAGAGAAAGAUGUUGAUGAAAACUACAGGACUGGAUCAGCAUCUGAGCUAGAAGUUCCUUCUUUAUCUAUAAAUUAUUUUUGGAAAUCUUUUGAUGCCUCUGAUAAUGAAAGUGCUUCUUCUAGUCAAUUAUCUUUGGUAGAUUUAACACAAACAAUAGGUAACUUUAGCUCCCACAAACAGUUACAACAAUCGCAACUUCAUUUGCAACAACAACAUCAACAAUAUCCUUCACAAUCACAGCAACCGAUCCCAGAACAGUUUUCUGGAAGAAGAAGCUCCACAUUAUUACAAAAAAAAUUCUUCGAAAAUGGAAAACAUACCAAAUUCCGAUUGAAAGUUACCGUCGUGAAGCCUAAUAAGGAUAAUCAAGUUCUAGGCUCUAUGAAAUUCAAGACUCAGUCCGGAGUAAACUUUGAAAAAGACGUCUUAAAUGAGAUUGUAGCCAAAGUGAAAGAAACUUAUGGAAUCGAAUCACCGUACUCCAUUGAGUACAUGGAUAUCGAGAUAAAAACUAAUGAAAAAUUGCAUCAAAUUUAUGACGAGUUCAUUGUUAUGCAGGGCUCCCGUCACUAUAUGCCUUUGCUUUUUAUUCUGCAUGAUAAGCAGUCAGGUGUUUUCCACCACCUACGUCAGUUUUUUAAAACGAUGGCAACUCCAUUCACCGCAGUGUUUCAUACUUCCUCAUUGAAGAUAUACAUGCAGGCAUGUAUAGUCUUCUUCGCUGGUUUUAUGGUGGGAAAAGCUUUAAAAUGA